AUAGUAGCGUGCAUUGGCCAUAGUAACUUCCUCAUUCUGCUCUUCUGAGUACACAAGGAGGAACACGUUUUAACUGAGGUCUGAAGCACAAGGCAUAAACUUGAAAGAAAAAGUCUUGAAUCUCAAUAGAAAUGAUGGGCUUGCAGACCACAUGUUUGCUGAUUGUUUGCCUGGCAAUUCAGUCUUCUGAUGCAAUUAACAACAUAGAAUGCACCUUCAGUUUCAGUGGAGUGAACUGCAGAGAGAACAACCCCAUUCAAAAGAUAUUAAUUGGAGUUGGAGUGGUCCUUUCUGUCAUAGUGGUUGGUGCAGUCCUGUCCUGCUGCUGCUGUGGUUGCUGUGCCUGUUGCCGAUCUGAACCACGCCAUUCCACUGUUCUGAACACAUCAGCCACCACUGUGGUGCCAGUAAACUAUGCACAACCUAUCCAGACGUAUCCAGUCUGCCAGGGGUACCAACCUGUGCCUGCUCAUCUACCUCCUGGACACCUGCCUAUGACUGCAGCUCCUUACUCUAAUCCUUAUACACCGGCAAAUCAAAAUCAAGGACAACCACCGUCAUACCAAGAAGCUGCAUCUGCUGAACAACCUUUAUGUCACACUAUGGGGCAUCCUUCAUACAUUUCUGCCAGAACUGCUAAUGAUAAUCCAACCUUUGUCGACGUAGUGCAACCCGGAAUGUGAAAAUACCACCAGCUACACACUAAAAUCCUUCUGUUUGCUUUCAUUCUUCGCAAUAGUUUUCUACUAGGUGACCUAGGGUGUGUGCGUGGUGGGAGGUUUUGGUGAAAAUCUAAACAGAUGAACGUGCCAGAAGCAGUUGGGGGAAAAUAUAGUCAGAAAAAAGUCUUUAUAAGUUACCCAGUUGAACAAAUUUGCCUGUCUCUGCCAUGUAGUUCCAAAAUCCAUUACAAGUAAGCAGAAGUAUUUUCCUACUAGUUUCCAGACUGAAGCAAAGGUCUUCGGUCCUUAGCACCAACUGUGUUCCUUCAGGGACCUUCGUUCAUUUUGUUUGUUAUCCUUAGACUUGGCUGUUUCAAAGUACUCCUGGCCAACCUCCAACCACACAGCCUCCAUGAAGUUGAGCAUCUGUAACUCUGGUGACUCAAACCUAAACUUCUCAUCCUUGGUUUCAAAUCCCCUGGGCUCUUCUUUUCCCUGCAUCUGUGGCUUCCUCCAGCCCUUCUUUGACAUUUCCACUUCCCUUCAAUUCUAGCCUCUUGAAUUUACUUGCUGCAUCAUUUCAGGACUGGGCCUGACCACUUCGACUUGACCAUCUUUCUCUUUUUCCUUUUUUAAAAUGCUCCUUAAAAUCCACCUCCUUAGCCAUACUUUUGGUCAGCUGCCCUAUUGCCUCUUUACGUGCAAUGAAAAUGCAAUAGCAGAGCAAACCAAAGAACUUGGAGCUGAGAAGUCACAGACCAUUCCUCUGACAUGUACAUAUGUAGGCAAUGGGCCUACUAAAUUAAUUAAGGGAAGACUUCAACACACAAAGGAACUGAGGUAAAGGAAUGAUUUAUUUGGACAAAUGAAUGGUAAAAAUUUCCACCUUAUUUUCAAGCUACCAUGUUAAUUUUCCAAUAAUAAGGCUUUUUACCUUCCUUAUAAGUCUUUAUUUCAAUGUGAAUAUUGCUUGCCAUUUCCUAGCUUUUUGACAUGCCACAAGCAAAGGAAAUUGUGGCGCGUUUAGGAUAAGUGAGUAAACUGGAUUUAGUCUGUGAGCUUCAGUGACAGAGUGGUGACACUAUAUAUGUUGCUUUAGUUUACAUGAUUUUAUUUUUGUUCUUGCAAAUUUAAAGUCUGUUCUGGAAACUGAUUUUUUUCAGAUUUAUGCUUUUUCAAUAAACUUGUUACUUUAUUUUUAUUCAGACCUUGUUUUGUACUUUGGGUUUUGUAAUGUUUUCCAGAGCUGAUUUGCUUGUGAAUGAUAUUAAAACACAGAACAAAUAA